AUGUCCUCGUCCUCCAUAGAGAAACGUAAGAAACCUCCCGCAUGCGACGCAUGCAAGGCUCGACGUGUAUUAUGCCAUCCUCAGCCCAAUGGCGCACCGUGUCCAAGAUGUGUCGAAAAGAACGUAAUCUGUACAACAACUGCCAUUCCUCGUGGGCGGCCUAGGAAAACCCACGCUGCAUCGCAGAGUUCGCCAGGAAUUCUAGUUCCAGAAUCCAGUCCUGCUUUCCGUGGCUCAGUCGACCGCCCAGAACUGACACCAGACUUCGUUUCUCAUUGUUUUGACGCUCUUAAAUACCUCCCACAAAUCAACCACCCUCUGAUUGCAGCAACCAGCAUAAAGAACGACAUCCGUGCCGUCUGUUACCAGUUGCAUCUGCUACCACUGCAUUCACGGGUGCUUGCCCUUUGUUUGAUGUGUGUGUCGUCUUUGGCCUCGUUCCAUCCUCUCGUGCUUGGUGAUGGUCCACGGCCUACAUCUUUCAAUGACCACGAAUUCUUCGCUUCUGCGCCAUGUGAUGUACUGCUAUCUUGCGGUAUUAGGCGGCAGCUAAUAUACCGAGCUCUCCGCGAUGAAGCUUUGAAGUUGGCAUGGGAGGCCGGAACCCUCCUGCAGCCUUCAGCGGAGAAUGCAGCAUCUUGUUACCUGCUGGACGUUAUAGAACAAAUUGAUUUUGUUGGUCCAUCACGACCCUGGGCAAGCGCUUACUUAGCGCAUAUUCGUGCCCUGGCCCCACAUUGGCAUGUAGUUGGAUUCAAUGGAGAGGACGCAACGCAAUGGGCGGGGUAUCUGGAAUGCAACCUUUGGUCAUACUUUAACUUGGUUGCUGCUAACAAAAAUUUGCAGAUGACUGAGACAAUCGUAUCCGCCACAAAUAGGACACCGCUCUUGCUAACCCCACACGACCAAAUGCUUCUCACCGGACCCGUACCGCCACCAUUGGAUGCUUUUCUAACCUCCCUCGAGAAAACCUCCAAAAGUACCAACUCCUCUGUAUUGUGGACGUCAGUUCGCCCCUUCCUUUACCAUGUCACAAACCUUUCGAGGCAACUUUCUGAAACUAUCGCUGGCGAUUAUCCUCGACUCGAACCUUUGGCUGAAGGAGCGGUGCUUAAAUUCCUUACUGCUCUUACCAUGCUUCAAUCUGCACUCGCUCUUCUGACGGAACGGAUUGACGCUGUUCUAGACAAUGAUGUUCAGGUUGUGCUCUCUUCAGAGGGUAUGACGCCAGAUAUGAAUUUGCGGACCACAGCUUAUGUGAUUGCAUUUGGUUUCGCUGCUAUUGCCCUGGCCUUCUAUCGGGAGCUGGAGUACCGGGAUACUUUGGACACCCAGGCUCAGAUCCUCGACGGGAGAGGUACACGUGAACGAAUCCGGUUAUUACGCGCUCAAACGCGAGAGCUGUGUUUAGAAGGUGCAAAAGAGUUCGCCAAGGGGUUCAAACGACUACCGAGAAUACACUAUAGUCCCACACCGUUACAAGGGCGAGUUAUCGCUUCUUGGGCUGAAUUCUGUGCCACAGAGGCUGGAGAAAUGCGAAUGUCACCAGAAACACAAAGUGUCCUGCAGGUGUUCUCGGAGGAGCUCAAGCUAUCUGCAUAUUCAUUCAGUGGGCAACAAGUCGCUGGCUUGAUCAGCCGAGUCGAUGUAAAACUGGGCCAUCUUCUCCUAACUGGUGGAAGCAACAGCGCACAUCCGUCGACAUCUACUUUCUCUAGCUCUCUGUUUACUGGCGACGCUGCCACUGCUGUACCCCAAGUCGGAGCGUUUGUUGAUCUAAAUUUAGAGCUCGGAACGCGGGCCUUUAGUACAAUGGAGUCACAGUGGUUAAAUGAAACCACAUGCCAAGGAGUUAGUUUCGAGACACUUAGAGACGGUCUCCUUCACACCAUGACACGCAUGCUUGUUUUUGGGAAGGGAUUGGCAGAUAUUACCAUCGGCUUGAUUCUGUUCGUCAAACCCUCUAUGCUCUACGAAUCAGUGGCGACCAAGACACUCGCUACCGUCACUGGAUUGCAUUUGAGCGAUGCGUCUAUAGCACCGGGGUUCAAUCAUUCAAUCGCAUGUCUUGUUACCUCAGUUGGUCUUGGGACUGUGGCAGCUUCAAGAGCUGGACCUGCUGCCACUCCACCGAUUUUUGCCAUGACUUGCGCUUGGUCUUUUUUGUCUCUGUGCACUUGCCUGGUGACACCCGGAGUCUUGGGCCCUGAGUAG